AUGUAUUUAUUAGCUGCGUCGGUUAGCGAUUUUAUUCAUAUGAACUGUGGUCCAUUAUCAAACUUAAUCGAAGUCGGAUUUAACUAUUCGAUAGAAACAUUACUCUUUUGUAAAUUAAAAACAUACGUUAAUUAUGUAAUCAUAGCAAUUGCAGCCACAUUCGUUACGUUGGCAAGUAUGGAUCGGUAUAUAUUAAGUACAAAAGAUGUUGAUGUGUGGAUAUACAGUACAAGAAAAAUGGCAAAACGUAUUAUUACCAUUACAAUUAUAUUUUGGUCUAUUCUAUCAAUACCAGUACUUAAUUGUUCUACUAAAUAUAAUUCAACAAUUAUCCAAGGUUUGACUUGUUCAUGGAAAUAUCAUUUCGCAUGUAUUGUUACUGAAAUAUUUUACAAAUGUAUUAUCAACGGAUUAUUACCAUUGCUUCUAAUGGUAACAUUUGGACUGUUAACGUGCCGUAACGUCAGAAAUAUUCGUCAACGAUCAAUAACAAAAUCAAAUGGUUUACAACAACUAAAUGAGCAGUUAACCACUAUGUUCCUCUUACAAACGUUUAAAUCAGGUUUUUCAACAUUACCCUACGUCAUUUGGAAUUGUUAUUUAAUAGCAACGGCAAAUUUGCAGAAAAGUUUAAUUCGACAUGCCCGUGAACGAUUGGCAAAUCAAAUUGUUUGUUUACUGUUUUGGAGUGAAUUAAAUACAAAUGAAAAUGUGCUAAAAUUUCAAGAAAUUUUUGAACAAAAUCUAAUUCUAUCACAUUUAAAAUACACAAUUAACAAAAUUCAUGAAUAUAAAAAACAAUAUAUUGAAUUUACUCAUACGACAAUAUUAAGAUCAACAUAUACAAAUUAUAUUGAUGAACUGUUUGAAAAUGAAUAUCAAUAUCCAUUAUUAAAUUUUUUUAAUACAACAAGUUAA